CCAUUAUCAAGCAAGUGAUAAAUGUAUAUUUUUUCUUACUCAUACUUUGUAGCAAGAUCAUCAAGCCAGACAACUCUUGACUCACUGGAUUGGGGUCACCUGAGUGAAGAUGGAGAAAGAGCAGUAGAUGAGCGCAUAGCAGUUUUGGAAUUUGAACUUCGCAAAGCCCGUGAAACUAUUCAGGGACUGCGAACCAACUUAACCCAAGCAACAGAAUCGAAAGCUUCUUCAUUUGAAAAACAGGAAGCAGAUAAGACAGCUAUGGUGGCUGCGUUGUCAUCCAUCCGUCCACAUGAAAAAAGAACACUAAAUUUCUUAAUCAAUGAGUACUUGGUGACAAACUCCUACAAACUUACUGCUAUCACAUUUUCAGAUGAAAAUGAUGACCAGGAUUUUGAGGGACUGGGAUGAUGUAGGUUUGAACACAAGCCGACCACCAAACCUGGUACAGAUGUUGCGAGAAGGUGGUCAUUCUGUUGCAGAUCUCGUAUCGUGUGCUUGUCAGACAGAUGGAUCAACUGAUAUUUCUCAAGAAAUCAGACAAUAUCAGAUUGAAGUUGAAAGGUUGCAGAAGGAACUAGAAGUUAGAAAGGAUAUUGUAGCUUCACAGUCAAAGGAACUUAAAAAGUUGCAUAGGAAGACAUCCACUCCAAGUGUAACACCUUUAGGUUCACCGAGACAGGAGACUGCACAAUGUCAGAAUGAGGGCUUUGCUUGUUAUUCAGACAAAGUCAACCCACUUGCUGUUGAUAAAGGUGGAAGGGAAUCCCCA